AUGCACUCAUUCACCGAUGAUGAAACGGAUAAUGAAAUGGAGCCAGAAGGCGAGCAGGAAUCGCCAGCUGAAAUGGAUUUUGACGAGUCUGGCCAAUCAAAACUGCAUCAAAAACGGCAUUAUGCUGCUAGUUUAAAAGACAAGGCUUUGGUCGAGUAUCUCGAAAUGACAUUUGGAGAAACAGACUACUGGGCAGCAUGCAAUAAUGUCGAAUUGCUAAGCAAAGAUAUGCUGGAGGAACUCGAUUUUUGCUUUCAACAAUUAACUACUCAAACGAAGCUCAAGUUUCUUAUCUGCAUUGCAUAUGUAAGCGAUGAAGAGCAAAAAGCGUGGAAAGUUCACAUUAAUCGCUUGCUAGAUGUAACGAGGCGUGACGGGGACGAGUGGAUUGAAACCGUAGCUGAAACCUACAAAAUGUUACCAUCAUCCGGUGGUCUGAAUAGAGACGAAUAUUCAGACGAUGUCCAAAACGACAUUGAUGAGUUGACCAACUUUCUGAGAACGCAUUCAGCUGAGGAAGGUUCCGAACUUGUUUCGAAAAUCUAUCGAGGAAUUGUGAAGAAAAUUUUAAAGAAAGCGUUUGGCCCCGGAAAAGAUUCGCCGAAUCAUUUUAUCCUGAAAAAACGACCGCGAUCAUUCAUAUUUCAGCAAGACCUCGAGAAAAGAAAACCUAGCAGCUCAAAAGAACCAUCAACAUCUCAGAAAAAUACAUCUUUAACUUCAACCGCUGUAGAAUCAACAGCAUUACCAAUCAAAAUGCGAUCAACACAGCGUUUGCCGAAUAAUAAACUACCGAUGAAAGGAAUUCCAACGCAUAAUACGUGGAAACUCAAUGGAGGAUUCACCAAUGAGCCGAAGAAGUUUCAGCGAACACUUCCUCAAAAGAAAGGAGGUGCUAUGUUGCUGGAUAUUGCUGAUUUGCCACCUAGUUUGAAAAAACGGCGACAGGUUGAGAAAGAGGAAGAAGCCAAACGAAAAGCCGAGGAAAAAGAAAAAGCCAAGCAGCGGGCGCUGGAACUUAAAAAGGAGAAAGAGGAGGCGAAACGUUUGGCUCAACAGAAAGCGCAGGAGGAGAAGGCAAAAGCCGAGCUGGAAAAACAAGGAGCGGCGGCAGCUCAUGCGAAGACCGAAAGGAAAAUCGCAAUUCCCCGGACAACGCCGCGUAAAAAUGCGGCAGCUGAAAACCGACCUGCGGCAUCGACUACACAACGUCAACCACAAUCUCAACCUCAACCAAAGACAGAGGCCGCGACGCAUUCAACUCCUGAAAAAGCGGCAGAGGCCGCGCCGGUGGAAGAGUUUCCGAGAAUUCCGUCUCCACAGACAUUUCAGCAGUUUGAAAAUGAGAUUCGUAGCAAGGCCGCCGCCGCCCAGGCAGCUUUGGAGAAACGCUUACAAGAGCAGCUUGAUCGUAAGAAAGCUCAUUGUCAAAGAGCUAUGAUGAUGAUGGAUCCUUCGGCCAAUAAUGUACCCUCGUCUUCAAGGAAUGCUCAACAGUCUGCACAGAAACAGUAUCAGCAUAACCAGAUGCAAAUUCACGCAACUACGAUGCCAAGACAGGAUCAAACCUUAUCUCAUAUCGACCAUCCAAGACAAUUGCAUCAUCCUAUGCAACCUCAAGUUCAGGUUCAAAUGCAAUCCCAGAAUUCAAACAUGGAUCCAUAUGAGAGAGCUCGCCAAGAACAAGCUGCGAAACUGUCGCAGCAGCAAAAGAUUCUUCAAAUGCAGCGCAAUCGCGCUCAAGCUGAGGCAGCACAGCAACAACAACACCAGCAACAGCAAAUGCAUAAUAAUAGUCAGCAACAGCAACAAAUGCAGAAUGGCAAUCAGCAAAUGUUCCUGAGCACACCAGCGGCGCAAUCGCUGCGCAAUAAUUUGCAGCAUCAGCGCCAAAUCAUCCAGAAUCAGAUGCAAACGGGCAAUUUCCAAGAGCAGAUGGCCAGUCAACAAAGGCAGCUACAGCAAGAGAUAUUGAUUCAGCGCGAGGAGAUUUUCCGCGAUGCAAAUGUUCUGACGCCAGAAGACAAGAUGAAGAUUAUCGAAUUUUUCGCCGGAGAGCUAUACAAGAAGCCGUUCACUCCCGAUGAAGAGACGGUCCGCUUAUCGGAGCACGAGGAGCCGAUAGUUCAAGACGGGAAGCUGGCUCGGAGAAUUGUCGAGACUUGGUUUCAUAUGGACCAUCCCAAUGGCGAAUGGAGACGUGUUCGCAAGGUUCGCGUUGAGGAGUAUGACCAACCAACGAUCAUCCAAGUCGAUCCUAGCCUUAUCCUUCAAGCAUUCCCAACCGCUGAGAUAAUUCCACUUCAGCCAGGAAUGGUUUUGCCUCACACAAAUCAGCAAGGUCAAACAAUCCAUCAGCUAACAUUCCAGAUGCCAGAAAACAACCAAUAUAACUGA